UAAAUUCUCUAUCAGUCAGUUACGGUGGAUCGACCGCGGUGGUUGCAUACAUCCAGAAGUAGUGGAUGGCCAUUAGUGUCCUGGAAUAAAAUUACCUUAAGACAUGGAAUAAAUUGCAAAGUAGUGGUGAAUUGGUUUUAGUGAACAAUUCAUAAUCCUGAAUCAAUAGCAUAUUCGUUAUCGAAAAAAACGGUGCUUAUUUUUUGUGCAUUUUUGAACCAAACAGGAAUUAAAAGUGUGUGCCUAAAGCAACUAAAAAUGUCAGCAACAGUAGCAGCAGCAGAUCAAUUAACGGCGAAUGCCAAUAUUGCUUCGCCGAUAAAUGUGUUUUAUUUUCUGCUAGUGCCAGCCUUAUUACUCUGGGUGUUCUACUGGAGAUUAUCCCGUCGGCACAUGCUAGAAUUGGCGGAAAAAAUACCAGGCCCUCCUGGAUUACCCAUCGUGGGCAACGCAUUAGAACUGAUUGGGACUUCCCACUCUGUUUUUCGAAAUGUAAUCGAAAAAGGAAAGGAUUUUAAUCAAGUGAUCAAAAUCUGGAUCGGUCCCAAAUUGAUUGUCUUCCUGGUGGAUCCCCGAGAUGUUGAACUUCUGCUUAGCAGUCACGUGUACAUCGAUAAGUCGCCAGAAUACCGUUUCUUCAAACCAUGGCUGGGAAAUGGUCUGCUGAUCAGUACAGGACAUAAAUGGCGUCAACACCGCAAACUGAUUGCACCCACCUUCCAUCUUAAUGUGCUCAAAAGCUUUAUUGAUCUGUUCAACGAAAACUCGAGGCUAGUUGUAGACAAAAUGCGCAAGGAAGCCGGCAAAACAUUUGACUGUCACGAUUACAUGAGCGAAUGUACAGUGGAAAUACUGCUCGAAACAGCAAUGGGAGUUUCAAAGAAGACUCAGGAUCAGUCGGGUUUCGACUAUGCAAUGGCUGUUAUGAAAAUGUGCGAUAUUCUGCAUUUACGCCACCGCAAAAUGUGGCUUUACCCUGAUAUCUUCUUCAAUAUGUCUCAAUAUGCUAAAAGACAAGUCAAACUGCUCGAUACUAUCCAUAGUUUGACGCGCAAAGUCAUUCGCAACAAAAAAGCUGCUUUUGAAACUGGAACACGUGGCUCUCUGGCUACGACAUCAAUUAAAACAGCAGAUUAUGAAAAACCAAAAAAUACCGCUAAUUUGAACACCGUGGAAGGACUUUCGUUUGGCCAAUCCGCCAACUUGAAGGAUGAUUUGGAUGUUGAAGAAAAUGAUGUUGGGGAGAAAAAAAGAUUAGCGUUUCUUGAUUUACUGCUAGAAAGUGCAGAAAAUGGUGCUCUUAUUUCGGAUGAGGAAAUAAAAAAUCAAGUUGAUACAAUAAUGUUUGAAGGUCAUGACACAACAGCUGCUGGUAGUAGUUUCUUCUUAUCGAUGAUGGGAAUUCAUCAACAUAUUCAGGAUAAAGUGAUCCAAGAAUUGGAUGGUAUUUUUGGUGAUUCUGAUCGUCCAGCUACAUUCCAAGAUACGCUAGAGAUGAAAUAUCUUGAACGUUGUUUGAUGGAAACCCUGCGAAUGUAUCCGCCAGUUCCAAUCAUUGCACGAUCGCUCAAGCAAGAUCUGAAGCUUGCUUCUAGUGAUUUGGUUGUGCCAUCUGGAGCUACUAUUGUUGUUGCUACUUACAAAUUGCACCGAUUGGAAUCGAUCUACCCAAAUCCAAACGUCUUUGAUCCAGAUAAUUUCCUUCCGGAACGACAAGCCAAUCGGCACUACUAUGCCUUUGUACCUUUCUCUGCCGGCCCAAGAAGCUGCGUGGGACGAAAAUAUGCAAUGCUGAAGCUGAAAGUCAUUCUCUCAACCAUCCUGCGUAAUUUCCGUGUCAUUUCGGACCUGAAGGAGGAAGAUUUCAAAUUACAAGCGGACAUCAUUCUGAAACGAGAGGAAGGUUUUCAAGUACGCCUACAGCCACGAGAACGCAAGUGUAAAACUACGACAGAACAAUAGUUUAAUCGAAAAGUGAACUUAAAAUUCAGGAGUAUAUACACCUGGAAUAAUCAUAGUUACAAGAAUAGAAAAAUCUGAGAGCAAUCUGAUACAUACACAAUGCUAUAUUUAAUAAUUUUAAUAACAUAAGACAUAGUUUUUAAUGUAAGGGGAAUAGAACUUAUGUUGUUUUAGUAGUCUCUUUUAACUCUAUUAAGCUUGUAUGUGUGUGAUGAAAUUCCGAUGGAUCCAAUAAAUUACUAAAAAGGU